AGUGUUGGAGCCGGGGCUGGCUCUAGGACCUUGAGGAGCCGUUCAUUGAAGCACAUGGUUGCAACUCAUAAGACAACACUUCUCAGCAGUAAUUGCCCUGGAAUUGAUGUCACUCCAGCGGGUGACCCCGGCAGUGUCGAGUGUCACCGUGCACCGCUCGCUUCACUUCCUCUGCCACAUCUCUGAGUGCGCUCCGCCGCUGCAGCUGCAUCUCUCUGUGACUUGGACACUCUUGAAUGGAGAAAGUGCACGGAGCAGAAUCAGCUGUUGUCGGGAUUUCCGAAAGCCCACACUUACUUGAUCAUAUUUCAGGAAGUCGUUUUAUUUUGGGGUGGUCGGGGCUCCUGCACAUCAGCUGUUGCUGAGCUGGGGGAAAGCCGUGCGAUGGCUGCGCUGCAGUGAAACAGUGAAGACUGUCCCGUCCAAGCGUCAGCCGGGCAUCAUGAUCCCCGGUACACGGAGCCGGAACUUUGUUAUUCUGACAGUGUUCCAGGCUUUAACUGUUCCUCUGUGGGUGUGCGGCAGCCUGAUCUCCACACAUGCUGAGGGAAAAAGUUUGGGAACAACAGAUCAACAGUUAACAGCAGCCAGGCAGAAACACUACCAGACUACAGUGCCUCUUCUCCAUGAUGGGAACGACUGGAAACCAAUCACCAAACUGAAACCUCAGAGUCACCCUGCAUCACUGAGGCUCCUGAUUGAAGCGGAAGGUGAGAAGCUGCUCCUGGCUUUGGAGAAAAAUGAGGGGCUUUUUGCGAGAAACUACACAGAAACCCAUUACCUGGAGGAUGGCAGUGCAGUCACAGACUUUCACAACUUCACGGCGAACUGCUAUUACCACGGUGAGGUGGAGGGUCGGGUAAACUCGGACGUCAGCCUCAGUACCUGCGCUGGGAUUAGGGGUUUCAUAUCUUUUGAUAACAAGUCCUACGUACUGGAACCAUCACCUGAUGACACUGAUGGGACUCACUGGAUCUACUCGGCCAAACAUCUCAGUUUCCCUCCCGGCUCCUGUGGCCAUGAUUUCAACAUCUCUUAUCCACGUGAACAAGCAGACAGCAGUCCAUUCAGGACCUUCAGUACAAGGAACAAACGUCAUACCCAGACGACGACCAAGUACGUGGAGCUGAUCGUCGUGGCUGAUAACAGAGAGUUUCAGAAGCAGGGAAAGGACAUGGAGAGGGUCAAGCAGCGACUGGCUGAGAUCACCAAUUACGUGGACAAGUUCUACAGGGCACUGAAUAUCAGGGUGGCACUGGUGGGUUUGGAGGUGUGGAGUGACGUGGAUAAGUGUCCCAUCACCCAGGACCCUUUCACCACCCUGCAUGAGUUCCUGGACUGGAGGAAGGUCAAGCUGCUGCCCCAGAAGCCACAUGACAAUGCCCAGCUGAUCAGUGGGGUGUAUUUCCAGGGCACCACCAUUGGUAUGGCACCCAUCAUGAGCAUGUGCACAGCAGACCAGUCAGGAGGAAUCGUCAUGGACCAUUCAGACAACCCCUUGGGGGCUGCAGUUACACUGGCUCAUGAGCUCGGACACAACUUCGGAAUGAACCAUGACACGCCAGAGAGGGGGUGUGGCUGCAGGGUGACAGUGGACCGUGGUGGCUGCAUCAUGACUCCAUCCACUGGGUAUCCUUUCCCAACGGUGUUCAGCAGCUGCAGCAAAAAAGACCUGACGGCCAGUUUUGAGAAAGGCGUGGGGAUGUGUCUCUUCAACAUGCCCGAGGUCAAAGUGCUGUACGGUGGGCAGAAAUGCGGCAACGGCUACGUGGAGGAGGGAGAAGAGUGUGACUGUGGUGAACUGGAGGAAUGUAUGAAUCCCUGCUGCAAUGCUACGACCUGCACUCUCAAGGGGGAUGCUGUCUGCGCACACGGACAGUGCUGCCAGGACUGUCAGCUGAAGCCAGCAGGAACCCCCUGCCGUGACGCCAGUAACUCAUGUGAUCUGCCGGAGUUCUGCAACGGCACCAGCCCUCACUGUCCCGCCAACGUCUACCUUCACGACGGCCACGCGUGCCACAGUGUUGACGGCUACUGCUAUAAUGGCAUCUGUCAGACCCACGAGCAGCAGUGUAUCACACUGUGGGGACAAGGAGCAAAGCCGGCACCUGGAAUCUGCUUUGAGAAGGUCAACUCAGCAGGUGACCCUUAUGGCAACUGCGGAAAGGAUGCCAAAGGAUCCUUUGCUAAAUGUGAAGCACGAGAUGCUAAAUGUGGCAAAAUCCAGUGUCAGGGAGGAGCGAACCGCCCUGUGAUUGGCACAAACGCAGUUUCCAUCGAGACUAAUAUACCCCUGCGGGACGGGGGGAGGAUACUGUGCAGAGGUACACACGUCUACCUGGGGGACGACAUGCCCGACCCUGGCCUGGUGCUGACGGGCACCAAGUGCGGAGAUGGCAUGAUGUGUCUGAAUCGUCAGUGUCAGAACGUCAGUGUUUUUGGUGUCCACGAUUGCUCAGCUAAGUGCAGCGGACGAGGGAUCUGCAACAAUAAAAAGAACUGUCACUGUGAAGCUCACUGGGCACCUCCAUUCUGUGACAGGACAGGGUUGGGAGGGAGCGUGGACAGUGGUCCCAUCAGGUUCGCAGAUACCACAAACCUGACGGUGGGCAUCCUGGUGGUUCUUCUCACCAUCCUGGCUGCUGCUCUGAUCGUCUACAUCAAGAGAAAAACUCUACUGAGUUUGCUGCACAACACUAAAAAGAAUCCAAUCGAGAAACUCAGAUCUGUAAGUGCAGCAGUCAGCCGACCAUCCACUCGAAGCCGGUCUCCAUCAGUGAGCACAACUUCUGCCUCUGGGCCAGCCCCGCCUCCGCCACAUGGCGCUGCCAUCUUCAAGCCGUCACAGCAGGGGCCGGAGACGGCGGGUCCACCAGCUCCUUACCCCUGCCACAGCCUGCGCAGACUGCCCCAGUGCCCCCCAGUUCACCUUAGCCAUCCUGUCCUCCUGUCACUCCCCAUGUCCCUGUCCCCAAACCCUGGACAGCUCAGACCUUUGGUGCCUCCACCUCACAGAGCUGCUGCUCCUCACAGAGCUGCUGCUCCUCACAUCCAUGCAGUACCGAGGGGGGCUUCAUUUCGCGCCACUCCGAACCAUAACUCCUGUAGGACGGUCACGGAGUUGCAGAAACCCAGCCCUCCACAAAAGCCCCUGCCUGCUGAUCCAAGGAGCUCUCGUCUGGUUAGAAGUCCUACAGUAGUGCAGGGCCAGUCCAUAGUCCAAGGCCCUUCUGCUGUGUGUGGCCCUGCACCAAAACCUCGUGCACCAAGACCCAUGAGACCUAGCCCACAUCCGAACAGACCCAGUCCCAAACAUCCUCCCACUCUACCAAAGCCUUUCGUAAUUGCAAAUGUCAAAUACAGCAGCUGAGACGUUGGCCAAAAGGGACGCUGAUGUGAAUAAGACACUAAAGAAAUUGCACUAAAAAAAACUCAACAUAUAUAUAUAUAAAAAAAACCAGAUGGUUACUUCCCUGACUUUUGAAUCAGAGAGACCAGUGUUGUCCCUUUGGUGCUCUGUCUCUGAAUGGUGCUACGAGUCUGCGCUCAGGUACAUGUAAAGUAUUUAUAAUGUGUAUUUAUUGCCACACAGUGCACUGUGCCAGACACUUUUACUACACAGUAGAAAUGUGGACAUUUGAAUUUGAUGUUUUUGAAUCAACAUUACACGCUCAUUUUCUUUCACCUUCUAGUGAGGUAAGGGAUGGGAAACAGUAAAAUUGUGAUAGCACAAAGAGUGGGCACCACUAUAAGACAGGACUACCUUUCCAAAUGGAUUAUGAUUUGGUUGUGAACACUGUAUGAAUAAUGACGGUAGACUAGAGAGGCAUUAUAACACAGAGUUUACUAUGUACCAGGAUGGUGUAUUUGUGUACAUCACAUUAACCAGUGUCAUUUUUUUUCCAUUUACAAAGAUCUACAGUUCAACAAAAGGGCUCCCUAUUUGAAAAUACAACAGACCACUUUGCCCUUUUUAUUUAAUACAUUGUCAAACCGAUGACCCAACCCUUACUUUACAGUAGCUCUUAAAAUCCCCUUACCCCUAAUCCUAACCCAUAUCUUAUUUUUUAAAUGAAAAAAAGUGCCAUUUUUACAUCUUUUUGCAGUAUUGUCAAGUUGUACUGAUACUUCAGUGUGUAUUAUGAAGGGAACCUGUUCCAUAUACAUAUGUAAAGAGUGAAGAGUUACUGAUGAAUGAUGGGUGAAGUGUAGAGAACAGUUUUUUAACCAACCACAGUGAGAAAGUUUUUUGAAAGGUUAAAAAAAAAAUUCCGUCUCGUAGCCCAACCAAACUGAAAAUCUAGACGAAAGAAAGGAAAAGAGAUUCUUCCUUCAGCGGCUCGACCAUGUGUCUGUCAGCAUGAUUAAGAAAACUCAAACACUGUGAAGCCCUAACUUAUUUAUAUUAUAGAGCAGUGACAAGUGGGAUUGUGAAAUGUCACUGAUUUGCCAUUUCCUUUGUAAUAACAAGCCCCCGAGAAGCCCCCACCAGGGAUGCUGGUGCUGGGGUAUGAACUGAGCGUGGAUCUAAAAUGAGCCGAGAUCAGUCAGACAUUUAUUUCCCAGAGAGAGUAGCCUUUCCAAGGUAAUUAAGGUCGAUGGUGUUGGAUAUUUGCAAGUAUGUGUCAAAAAGCAGCUGUAAGUCACUGAUGCUGAGUCUAUUCAGAUCAACUUUACCUUUUGGGUUUUUCUUUUCUCAUCCUAGAUACAUAAAUCUGACGUGAGAAUGGAACAGCUUUGUCUUUUGCUUCUACAGAUUUACUGCACCGCAGUGCAGCAUAUAUCCACUCACUUUCUGCAGCGUUUCUGUUAGGCACAGCUUUUAUAGAAAUCCAUAGACUGAGAAGUGACAAAACCUGAACGUCGGACAGUUGUUCACCUUUGAUACUGUUUCUAUAUGUUGUCUCUUAUUCAUUGCUAUUUUUUAAGUUGCUCUUUUCAGGUCUCCAUGUCCUUGUACUAACAGACAGCCACUGGACUGAACCCUAUAUCCAUGAACUCUGUGCUUUGGUAUGUUUCACCUGUGAACACAUUUUUGCAGAGUGUUUUUUUAAGUGAAAAAUGUUUGAUACGUUACAUGUUAAAGAAAAAAAAAACAGCUUUGUCAGUGUGUGAUCACGGUGUUUUGAUCGCUGCCGCAGUACAAGUAAAAACUGUCUUUUUCCAAACGCAGAGAAGUCAUUAAUGUGGAGUUGUUGUUUUUUUUGUUUGUUUGUGUUUUCAACCACAGAGGCCUAAAAUGAAUAUGUCAACUUGAUGAAAGACGCAGUUGUACAAAGGCAGUUUUAUUGCAGUUCUACUCUGAUAGAAUACCAAGCUGUAACUUAAAAUAAAAAAAACACCACGACAGCGUUUAGCAAAGUAGAACCAUGAAGUCCGUAGCCUCUAGUGGUUAUGUUGUGCUCGUACACAAAAAGAUAAUAAUGGACUAGAAUAAAGGACACAGCAUGUCAGUGUAAAGGACCAGACAAAAAGGCUCAUGAAACCUGAUUUUAACAUCAAAUAAAUACAGAGAGGGAGUGACAGUUUUGUUCCCUUAAAAGGAUUUAAAAAGUUGAGGAGAGUGCACAUGCUCUCUUAGUGUUUGGUGUCCUCUCAGUAGAGGCUAGAAAAACACAUGAUUCAUGAUUCCAAGCAUUUUAUUUUGUGUGGUUAACAUGACCUCUGUCUCAUCUUAGAGAGUUUUUUUUUAUUCAUGUAAACAUUUGUUGUUUUGACAGGGGGUGGUGACCAUGAGUUCUUUCCUGCAUUGCUGUUUGUGCUAUGAUUUAGCCGAGUUGACAAAAUUGUUUUUUCACUAUUGUCUGAGCUCUGACCCAGUUCAUAGAUGAAUAGGACAAGGCCAGCCAUUGUGAUUGUAUAGGACCGGGACAGUGUCAAACAAGCUGGAUAAGGACAAAGAAAAGGCUGUGUGUUUUAUAUUUCAACAUUGAAAAAAAGGCAUUUAAUUAAAAAUGAUUUGCAGGGCAUAUACACCAUUUAAGGCCACACAUUUGAGAUUAAGAUCUUAAUUUUUUUUUUUUCAUGUGGUCCUUUUUGUCCUACUACAAAUAAUUCACAUCCUGGUCCUUCUCCUUUUAGCUGCCCCCUUCAGGAGUCGCCAAACUGUUUCCACAUGGCUUUGAAUGAGAUCAGAAAAAUGGCAAUGGGACCAAGACUGUUUUAUUGAAUCCAACAUCAUCACAUACACUGUAGAUGUGGUAAUACAGUAUACUACAGAGCGGUGGUUCCCAACUACCAUGCUGCAGAACACCAGUGUACCACAACAGAUUACCAUGUGUAGCAUAGAAAAUGAUCGUUUUUAUUUUAUUGAUCUGAACAUCAGUGUUUAUUUACUACA